AUGGCUGCCUCAACCAUGGCUUUGUCCUCCCCUGCCUUUGCCGGAAAGGCCGUGAAACUCUCACCGGCAGCUUCCGAAGUCUUUGGAACCGGUCGUGUCACCAUGCGCAAAACCACUAAACCUGCCGGUCCAUCAGGCAGCCCAUGGUACGGAUCCGACCGAGUCAAGUACUUGGGUCCAUUCUCCGGUGAGCCCCCGAGCUACCUCACAGGAGAGUUCCCCGGUGACUACGGAUGGGACACCGCCGGUCUCUCCGCUGAUCCCGAGACCUUCGCCAGGAACCGUGAGCUAGAAGUCAUCCACUCCAGAUGGGCCAUGCUCGGAGCCCUAGGCUGCGUUUUCCCUGAGCUUUUGGCUAGGAACGGUGUGAAAUUCGGAGAAGCGGUUUGGUUCAAGGCCGGUUCGCAGAUCUUCAGCGAGGGAGGGCUCGACUACUUGGGCAACCCGAGCUUGGUCCACGCUCAGAGCAUCUUAGCCAUUUGGGCCACUCAAGUGAUCCUCAUGGGAGCUGUUGAAGGUUACAGAGUCGCAGGAAACGGUCCCUUGGGAGAAGCAGAGGACUUGCUUUACCCAGGAGGCAGCUUCGACCCAUUGGGCCUCGCUACCGACCCUGAAGCUUUCGCAGAGUUGAAGGUUAAGGAGCUCAAGAACGGAAGAUUGGCUAUGUUCUCUAUGUUUGGAUUCUUCGUUCAGGCCAUUGUCACCGGAAAGGGACCAUUGGAGAAUCUCGCCGACCAUUUGGCUGAUCCAGUCAACAACAACGCAUGGGCCUUCGCCACCAACUUCGUCCCCGGAAAGUGA